CUAUUGCUCUAUGAGAAAGAAGGGAACUCAUUCACACUGGAUUGCUUGACGAUCUGCUUCAACAUGAAGACCCUUUCUGUUAGUUUACUCCUGGUGCUGUUUAUCUGGACCGUGUGUGUGUGGGCUGACAGGGGCAGACAGAAGCGUGCAUGGAUCAUUGACUCUUUCACUAUUGAGGAAGAAAACCCUGGUCCAUUUCCAUAUAUACUAGGCAAGAUUGAACUUGAAAGGUCUUAUUUAGUCAGAUACGUGCUUAAGGGUCAGGGUGUGGAUUUAGAGCCAAAGGGUAUUCUCAAUAUUGAUAAAGAAGGAUAUGUUUUAGUACAUGGAAAGGUUGACUUUGAAAGAUUUAAAGUUCUCAAAUCGACAUUUGAAGCAAUAAACAACUCAAACACUGAAGUGGAAACAAGGCUCGGGGUUCAUAUCAAAAUAUUGGACAUAAAUGAUCACGCUCCAGAAUUUCAGCAGACAGUCUAUCAAGUGGCUGUAAAUGAGUCAGAACCUCAAGGUAAAGAAGUACUGAGAGUACUGGCAACUGAUGGAGAUGAUUCAAGUACAAACAAUGGAACAUUUGAUUUAACAAUAAAGUCUUUCACACCAAAACAAGAUAAUGUUGAAUUUUAUAUUCAGCAGCAAAAAGGACAAAAAUAUGGGACAGUUUAUUUUAGAGGGUGUUUGGACUAUGAGAAAGCUCAGACAUAUACAAUCCUGGUUGAAGCAAAGGACAAAGGGGAAAAGAUACAAUUGUCAAGUACAAGUACAGUGAUAAUCAAUAUUUUCGACGAAAACAACAAUCUUCCAGGGUUCUCUGGCAAAACAGGACCUGGGAAGGUCAAGGAGCGGGAAACUGAAGUUGAAGUUCUGCGACUGCAAGUAACAGACAAAGACAAACGUGGUUCAAAAGCCUGGAAAGCCAAAUACACUAUCCAUGGAGAUAAAAGGGAGCAAUUCAAAAUUGAAACAGACCCUAAUACAAACGAGGGGAUUUUAACAGUUGUUAAGCAAAUGGACUAUGAGGAGCAAUCAUACCAAAAUCUAUCCAUCAGUGUGCAGAACGAAAUUCCUUACUUUUCAUGUAAGGUCAAAAAGCAAGUGCCGAAUGCUAUGUGGGAGCUCAACAAAAUACCUCAAAACUCUGGCAUGAGUGUUGAAAACCUCUAUAAUACCAUUCCAGUAACCAUUUAUGUUGAAGAUGUCAACGACCCUCCAGUAUUUACACCCUCUGUUAAACACGUUCACAUAAUGGAGAACAUAGCAGCAGGAACAAGUCUUGCAACCUUCACUGCUAAAGACAUGGAUGGAAGCCAUAUAAACACAUUUAAAUUCGUUAAAGGUGAAGAUAUUGAUGGGUGGAUAACUGUUGAUGCAAAGACUGGACUAGUAUCCACGAAUAAAAUUCUGGACAGAGAGUCGCCAUUUGGGAUAAAUGGCACCUAUAGAGCAACCCUAUAUGCUGUGGAUGAUGGUGUCCCACCGCUGACAGGGACUGGAACUCUAUUUAUUCACCUGAAUGAUGAAAAUGAUAACGUACCAAUGCUAGAAGUGAACACAGUCAACAUAUGUCUGGAUAAAGAGCCCACAGUGGCCAACAUCAAAGCUGUAGACCUGGACCUUCCUCCACAUAGUUCACCUUUCCACUAUGAGCUUUUAGGAGAUGUUAAGGACAAAUGGAGAGUUGAACCAACCCAUGGUAAUACCACCAUCUACUUCACUCAUCCCAAUCCACCCUACACUAUUCCUCACUGAAUGUCCUGUUUCAAUCUGGAAAAAACAUCCCAGAAGUAAAAUAAGUUGUCAUUUAAAAUAAAUAAGAACAGCGUUAUGUUGUGUUACUCUAGGUCAGGGGUGCCCAAUCCAGGGGCCUCAUUUAUAAACGUUGCCCACGCACAAAAGGCGUCGUACGCCGCUCUCCACGCAAUGAU